AGGCACAAGUGCUGGCGCGAGUGGCAGAACUCCGUCGUCAAGGACUGUGGACAGCAUCAAGAUUGCCAAUGAUUGAUAUGCCGGCUAGGAAUAAGACUCACUGGGAUUAUCUGCUGGAGGAAAUGCGAUGGAUGGCUGCUGACUUUCGACAGGAGAGAACUUUUAAACGACAUGCGGCCAAAAAGUUCGCAACGCAAAUCGCUCGACUGCAACGAGAUAAAGAGCAAGAGGAGGAACGCGCCCAGCAACGAGCCAUCCGAGAGGCGAAACGUGUUUGUGCACUGAUCGCGAAAAUGGUGCGUGACUUCUGGCAGAAUGUCGAUAAGGUGGUCGAUUACAGAGCACAGGAAAUAAUCGAAUCAAUGAAAAGAAAAGCGUUAGAUCAGCAGUUGGAAUUGAUGGUUGGACAGGCUGAUAAACUCAGUGAAAUGGUUCAAGAAGGUUUGACCGAAAAAGUCAGCAANGCACCGUCAGUAGCGGAUGAAGACGAAAAGAGUGACGAUAAAGAUGUUGAUUUUGCGGGUGGCGUCGAAUCGGAAUCAGACGAUGAGACAACAAUCGCAAAGGCAGAAGCAACGAUUGAUACGAAUGUGGAGGAGGAGGUGCAGGAUUUGGAGCGUGAAAAGGAUCUUGAACUUGAUGACCUUCUGGCUUCUCUACCAGCAGAAUACUUGGCGAGUAUGGGUCUGCCAUCGAAACCUGGUCCGUCGAAGGCUCGUGAUGACAGCGAAGAGCAUUCGGAUGGCGACGAAUCUGAGAAUGAAGAUUUGGAUGAAACAACAACUGAUGGUGAUUCGGAAGAAGAUGGUGAAGAGGCAGAGGGGGGAGAUCAAGAUGGAAAGAAGGAUACUUCGAAGGCAGAUCAGCGAAUCCCUUCAGAGAGUGGAGAACCUCCGCCAAAGAAAAAGAAAUCCCCUGAUCAAGUUGUUGAAGAAGAGACAACGACGACCUCACCGACGCAGUGUGAUUCGGCGAUGCGAAGUGCGUCAUCAGCAUCGAUCAAAGAAAGCGAAUUGUCGUCGUCAUCGAUACCGCCAUCAGAGGACGCAUCGAAAGAUGUACCCGAGGGAGGCAUCAACUUUGACCGAUUGAAUUCCGAGAAUAGUGAAGAUCGUCAAAAGGAAUUAGCGAAUAUUGCUGAAGAGGCGCUAAAAUUCCAACCGAAAGGAUUCACGCUCGAAACGACACAAGUAAAAACGGAUGUGCCGUCGCUGAUUCGUGGUACUCUGCGAGAAUAUCAGUUGGUUGGUUUGGAUUGGCUGGUGACACUCUACGAUAAGGGAUUGAAUGGUAUUUUGGCUGACGAAAUGGGAUUAGGUAACUUCGUUUAUUUAUUCUCUCGAAACGGUUUCAUGAAUAUUUCAGGUAAAACAAUUCAAACGAUCGCACUUCUGGCACAUUUGGCUUGUAAAGAAGCGAUUUGGGGUCCGCAUUUGAUUGUUGUGCCAACGUCGGUGAUUUUGAAUUGGGAAAUGGAAUUGAAGAAGUGGUGUCCUGCCUUCAAAAUACUCACCUAUUUCGGUUCGCAAAAGGAACGCGCCGAGAAGAGACGGGGUUGGUCAAAACCGAAUAUGUUUCACGUUUGUGUCACAUCCUACAAAAUCGUUACACAAGAUAUUCGAGCGUUCAAGCACAAGGCAUGGCAAUAUUUCAUCCUCGAUGAGGUAACNCUGUGCCGUGCUUGUCCUACUAGCAAAUUUCUUUAUUUGAUGCUUGUGAGUGAUCGACGAGGAUUUUAUAAAAGUAAGUUUAUUUAUCGAAAACAAAUUGAUUGA